GCAUUGAAAGCAAAAGAGCAACGGAAAGAAAGAAGGAAACCGAACCACCGCAAUCACAACACCAUUCCAUUGGCUAGCUUUGGUGGUUGAGAAAAAGAAAGGAAGCGAGAAAGAGAGAGAGAGACAGAAGUCUCUCUAGAUUAUAUCAUAUUUUACUAUUUCUUGAAGCAAAGUCUUUGCUUACAAAAUACAGAUCUCUCUUUCUGUUGCUGUUAUGUUCGGCUUAUAAUUUCUUGUAAGUGGUGCUAAUUCUUAUCAUGCCUUUAGAUCUUCCUUUCUCUUUCUAACCUUCAACUACCGCCCUCUCUCUGGAUCGAUCGGAAAUGGUGGUAUCCGGCCCUAUCACACCUGGACAGGUUUCGUUUUUGCUUGGAUUUAUCCCAGUUUUUGUUGCAUGGAUAUAUUCAGAGUUCCUAGAGUAUAAGAAAACUUCAUCCCCUCACAAAGUUCAUUCAGAUAAUAAUCUGCUUGACUUGGAGAAGGAGACAAUCAAGGAAGAUGACCGGGCUGUUUUGCUGGAGGGAGGCCUCCCUAGAUCGGCAUCUGCCAAAUUCCAUAGUUCUGCCAUCAAAAUGAACUUAAUUAGGUUUAUGACUUUGGAUGACUCUUUCUUGCUAGAAAACCGAGCAACUUUGAGAGCAAUGUCUGAGUUUGGGGCAGUCUUGUUGUACUUCUAUAUCUGUGAUCGCACAAAUAUACUGGGAGAAUCUACCAAGAGCUACAAUCGUGACCUUUUUGUUUUCCUAUAUAUUCUUCUCAUCAUAGUCUCAUCAAUGACUUCAUUGAGGAAACAUACUGACAAGUCAGCCUUCACUGGAAAAUCCAUGCUUUACCUUAACCGGCAUCAGACUGAGGAGUGGAAAGGAUGGAUGCAGGUCCUAUUCUUGAUGUACCAUUAUUUUGCCGCAGCAGAGAUAUACAAUGCAAUACGUAUCUUUAUUGCUGCAUAUGUUUGGAUGACUGGAUUUGGCAACUUUUCUUAUUAUUACAUUAGAAAGGAUUUUAGCUUAGCUCGCUUUUCUCAGGUCAUAUCACUGAUUCUCUACACCUUAUAUUAUUUCACUAUAGCAUGUUAUAUGCCAUGUUUCUUUUCUUUCUAUUUUUUCUUUUGGUAUACAUUUCUUAUAAAAAUGAUUUUAAAUGCAUGUUACUUGGUGCAGAUGAUGUGGCGGCUCAAUUUCUUUGUGGCAUUUUGCUGUAUUAUCCUUAGCAAUGACUACAUGCUGUAUUAUAUUUGCCCAAUGCACACUCUAUUCACUUUAAUGGUCUAUGGAGCGCUUGGUAUUUUUAACAAGUAUAAUGAGAAUAGCUCAGUGAUGGCUGUGAAGAUUCUUUCAUGCUUUCUUGUGGUUAUCUUGAUUUGGGAAAUCCCUGGAGUUUUUGACUUUCUCUGGAGUCCCUUAACUUUCCUAUUAGGCUAUUCUGAUCCUGCAAAGCCAGACCUUCCUAGGCUGCAUGAGUGGCACUUCAGAUCUGGACUUGAUCGCUAUAUAUGGAUCAUUGGGAUGAUAUAUGCAUAUUUUCACCCCAAUAUUGAGAAGUGGAUGGAGAAAUUGGAGGAAUCUGAAACCAAGAAGAAACUGUCAAUCAAAACAGGCAUAGUAGCUGUUUCAGUAUCUGUUGGUUAUUUGUGGUAUGAAUAUAUAUACAAGCUGGACAAAGUUUCUUACAACAAGUACCACCCCUACACAUCAUGGAUACCCAUAACUGUUUACAUUUGCUUGCGGAAUUGCACUCAGCAGCUCCGGAGUUUCUCUUCGGCUCUCUUUGCUUGGCUUGGCAAGAUAACUUUGGAGACCUAUAUUUCACAGUUCCACAUCUGGCUGAGAUCGGACAUGCCCAAUGGACAGCCUAAGUGGCUCCUUUCUUUUAUUCCAGAAUAUCCAUUACUGAAUUUCAUGCUUACGACAGCCAUCUAUGUCCUUGUUUCUCAUCGACUUUUUGAAUUGACCAAUACACUAAAGACAGUUUUCAUACCCACAAAAGACAAUAAGCGGCUGUUUUACAAUUCUGUUGCUGGGGCUGCUAUUUCUGUGUGUUUGUACUGUGUUGCCGUCAUUCUCCUUCACAUCCCUCAUUCACCAGCCUGAAAAAUGAAGACCAAAGAGGAGACUACAUGGAAGUUUUCUGUUGGAUGUACAGAGAGACAAGUGGAGUGAAAUAAGGAUACUUGGAAGACGUUGCUCAGAGAUUCAGCCCAAGAAAUUCAACAAAGUUGAAGAAAAAACCCUCUAUUUCCAACCUAGGCUUGGUAUUUGGGAAUGGAGGCAGGACAGGAGAAAGAUUCUUUUUCUAAUUACACAGAUCACCAUAUAUUCUUAUCUGUUUUUUGAUUUUUUAUCCAACGAUGAAAGUUGUAGUUCCUGUGACGUAGAUUUGCUGUUUUGCAACAAAUGAGUUGAGAUUCAAUUCUAAUGCAAAUAUCUUUAUGUGUCUUGUUA